CCUCAAUUAGACAUUCCAAAAACUAAAACUAAAACCAAAUGGAUUAUGACAAUAAACCUCAUGCAGUUCUAGUUCCAUACCCAGCACAAGGUCAUGUUAACCCUUUUAUGAAGCUUGGAAAGCUUCUUCAUUUCCAUGGCUUUCACAUCACUUUUGUCAACACCGAAUUCAAUCACCAACGUCUCAUUCGUGCCAAAGGUCCUCAAUCCGUCGAGGGUUUGCCAGACUUUCGGUUUGAGACCAUCCCAGAUGGCAUGCCUUAUUCAGAACGAGACGCGACUCAAGACAUUCCCAUGCUUUGUGACAUGACAAGAAAGACGUGUUUGGGCCCGUUUAAGGAAUUGUUGUGUAGGUUGAACUCGUCGAAUGGAGGCCCGCCCGUUAGCUGUGUCAUUGGUGAUGGUGUGAUGACCUUUACUAUACAAGCUGCUAAAGAUCUAGGGAUUCCAGAAGUUCAGUUUUGGACAUCUCCACCAUGUGCUUUCAUGAGUUUUUUGCAUUAUAGAGAGUUUAUUAAAAGAGGAAUUGUUCCUUUUAAAGAUGAUAGCUAUUUGACCGAUGGCACACUUGAGAAACCAAUUGAUUGGAUACCAGGGAUGAGCAGUAUUCGUUAUAAAGAUGUUCCAAGCUUCAUUAGAACAACCGAUCCUAAUGAUAUCAUGUUUGAUUUCAUGGGGGAGGAAGCUCAAAAUAACUUGAAUGCUUCCGCAAUUAUAUUCAAUACUUUUGAUGCACUAGAACACAAAGUAUUGGAAGCUAUUGCUUCUAAAUUCAAUUAUCAUAACAUUUAUACAAUAGGCCCGCUCCCAUUACUAGCCAAAUAUGUGCCACACGAUAACCCGGUACAAACAUUAAACUCGAGUCUAUGGAAGCCAGACUCGACAUGUUUAAAAUGGCUAGACCAAAAAAAAGAAGGGUCGGUAAUCUAUAUCAAUUAUGGAAGUAUAACCACUAUGACCGAUCAACACUUGAUUGAAUUCGCGUGGGGUUUAGCGAAUAGUAUGCAACCAUUUUUAUGGAUUCUUAGACCCGACGUGACAAUGGGAGAUUCAACAAUGUUACCUAAUGAUUUCUUAGAAGAAAUCAAGGAUAGAGGACUAAUCGUGAGUUGGUGCGCACAAGAUCAAGUGUUAGCGCACCCUGCAGUGGGUGCGUUUUUAUCACAUUGUGGAUGGAACUCGACUACUGAAAGCAUACUUGAAGGUGUCCCGUUAAUAUGUUGGCCAUUCUUUUCGGAUCAACAAACAAAUUGUCGAUAUGCAUGUGUCGAAUGGGGAAUUGGGAUGGAGAUUAAUCAUGAUGUGAAGCGCAAUGAAGUUGAAGUUCUUGUAAAAGAAAUGUUACAAGGGGAGAAAGGAAAGGAAAUGAGAAGAAACGCCAAAGAAUGGAAAACAAAAGCAAAAGAAGCUAGUGAAAUUGAUGGUUCGUCAUAUAAUAACUUUCAACGGUUUAUGAAAGAAAGUCUUCUCUCAAAACAUACUUCCCACAUUUAG